AUGUACCUAUCGGAUAAGCCUCGCGCAAUUGAUUUCUACAAAGAGGAACUACCGCCGCGUGCUGCUUUGGGAGACAACAUGAUCAUAGAGGUCGUUUCCCCUAAUGGCGAUUUGCAGCCACUUCCCCAGCAGCAACAACACAAUAAUCCUCCUCCUCCGCCACCGCAGCAGCCACCUCAGCCACAACAAAUGAUACUUGGGGAUAGCAGCGGGGAGAUAGACUUGUUGUUCAACACUUCCAAAUCGAACAUGCACUUAUGGGAGCAGAUUUUGCUGAAGAUGAGGGAAAAGGGGUUUGAUCGAUCUCCAACCAUGUGUACUGGUAAGUGGAGGAACUUGUUGAAUGAGUUCAAGAAGGCUAAGCAUCAGGAGAAAGGAAGGAGUGGGGGUUCUGCAAAGAUGUCUUAUUACAAAGAAAUUGAUGAGAUUUUGAAGGACAAAGGGAAGAGUAGUCAACCGUAUAAAAGCACUACACCUACUUCCAAAGUCGACUCCUUUAUGCAGUUUGCUAAUAAAGGUUUUGAAGAUACAAGUUUAUCUUUUGGACCAGUUGAAGGUUCUUGGUGUGCAGCUAGUGGCAGGCCAACGCUGAACCUUGAAAGAAGAUUGGAUAGCGAUGGCCAUCCACUUGCCAUUACUGCUGCUAAUGUUGUUGCAGCAAGUGGAGUACCUCCAUGGAAUUGGAGAGAAGCCCCCGGAAGUGGUGCCGACAAUCAGUCAUAUGGUAGGAGGGUGAUAACAGUCAAGUAUGGAGACUACUUGAGAAGGAUUGGCAUUGAUGGAACUGCUGAUGCCAUCAAGGACGCAAUUCGGUCUGGUUUCAGAUUGAGAACCAAACGUGCAUUUUGGUUGGAGGAUGAAGACCAAGUAAUACGUAGUCUCGGCCGGGAUAUGACGCUCGGGAACUACACUCUUCAUCUUGAUGAAGGUUUGGGUAUAAAGAACGUCGAUAGAAUGGAUGAUCUAAGACCUCGUGCCUUGUAUCGUGGAGUGAAUUGA